UGGAAUAAUUAUUAAAAUGAGCAUGUGUCUGCGCCAUCCUGUGGGUGUGGCGCAGAGCAGAGUGUAAACUCUAGCAGGGCGGGGGGAGCGCACGUCGGAUUACAGGCAGUGAGGUUGCCCGGCAGAGGAGUGAGGAGGCGACCAAGGCAGCAGCAUGGCUUCAUCGCAAGGGAAGAGUGAGCUGAAAUUCGCAGACUGGAUGGCAACUUUGCCAGAAAGCAUCCACCGCCUCCCCCUCACCAACCUAGCGAUCCCAGGGUCUCACGACUCCUUUAGCUUCUACAUCGACGAAGCCUCUCCAGUUGGACCUGAACAACCAGAAACUGUCCAGAAUUUUGUCUCCGUAUUUGGGACUGUGGCUAAAAAGUUGAUGAGAAAGUGGUUGGCAACACAGACGAUGAACUUUACUAGCCAGCUGGGUGCAGGUAUACGAUAUUUUGAUCUCAGAAUUUCCACCAAACCCAGAGAUCCUGACAAUGAACUUUACUUUGCUCAUGGUUUAUUCAGUGCCAAAGUCAAUGAGGGCCUUGAAGAGAUCAAUGCAUUUCUGACUGACCACCAUAAAGAAGUGGUCUUCUUGGACUUCAAUCAUUUCUAUGGGAUGCAGAAAUAUCAUCAUGAGAAUCUGGUCCAAAUGCUCAAAGGCACCUUUGGAAAUAAAAUGUGCCCUGCUAUAUUUGCCCAAGAAGUAAGUCUCCAGUACCUGUGGGAGAAGGAUUACCAAGUGUUGGUAUUUUAUCACAGUCCAGUCGCUCUUGAGGUACCAUUUCUUUGGCCAGGGCAGAUGAUGCCAGCUCCUUGGGCAAACACAACAGACCCAGAAAAACUGAUUCAGUUUCUUCAGGCAUCAAUCAUUGAGAGAAGAAAGAAGGGCUCCUUUUUUAUAUCUCAAGUGGUGCUGACCCCCAAAGCUAGUACUGUGGUUAAGGGUGUUACUAGUGGACUCAGAGAAACAAUCACAGAAAGGUAA